AUGGAUAGAGUGAUUUCUCCCAUUAACCUAGCGGUGAAGUCCAACAAGCAGAUAGCACAAUCACCGGAGAGUUUACCGGCGUGUUGGCUGAGAACGCAGAUUAAUGCGCAGAGGAGAGCGGCGAGGAUGACAACGAAGUCGCCGACCACCGUAUUCUCCGCCGCUUCCUUAGUGCAACCACCGUAUUUGCUUUUUAUUUCCAUCAGAAAUUCAGAUCUAAAGGAUGGGCUUGAAUGGAAAUGGACUUUAAGCUGGAUGAGACCUCUGCGGCCCCGUGAUGAGCAAGAAUUACCCAUGCUACACGAGUUGCUACAAGUUGUAAACCUAUCCCCAGGUGACUCUGACACUCUCAUAUGGACUCCACUUAAGAAAGGAUGCUUCUCAGUCAAGUCUUUCAGCCUUGAACUUACGAAAAGUGACGUAAUCUGCCCUCAAAAAUCUUUCGCAAGCCUAUGGAAAGGGCUAGUACCGUACAGGGUUGAAAUUUUUGUAUGGCUUGCUCUCCAACAGAAGCUCAACACAAAAGAUAAGCUAUGUCGAUUUGGUAUCAUGGAUCCAUCUCUAAUGCAAGCACCACACUCCCGCGCCAUCUCAACCCCCAAACAAAUAUGGUGCCCACCUCCCCCAUCCUUGUUCAAAUGGAAUGUUGAUGCAUCGUUAAAACUCACUGAGUCAAAGUCAGCUAUAGAAGGAGUCCUAAGGAACCACCAAGUGGAUUUCAUGUGCCUUUUCUUGAGUCCAAUACCAUUUAUGGAGAUAAACCAUGCUGAAACGUUCUCCAUUUAUAGAGCACUGAAAAUAUCAAGAUCAAUCGAAUGGAUUAAACAAAGCAGAAUCAUUGUUGAAUCAGACUCGGCAAAUGCAGUCCUGCGGUGCAACGACGACAAUAACGGCCCGUGGAACCUGAAUUUUAUUAUCAACUUCAUACGUUGUGAAAUGAAAACCGGACAGGGGAUUGAAAUCACAUACAAGGGUAGGGAUACAAAUAUGGUGGCUGACUCAUUGGCGAAACGUGGACUCACGAGACAUGAUGAAUUCAUAGCCUGA